CUGUCAAUUUUGCAAGCCUGUUUGUUGUUUGUUUGUUUGUUUGUUUGUGUGGCGAAGCAAUAGUUCAGGCUGUCCGAUAAUCCACUCCACCGAUUGCUACUGGCAGGGAACGAAAGACAAAAGUCGUUGACGCGCGCACCGAUAGGAGUUGAUUGGCUUCAGCAGAAAUAUAAUUAAAUAUUGGUAACGGAAUCAAGCAGUGGAGCUCGCGGUGCUAGGUGUUCGGCUGACGGUAUGGGGCUGACUAACGCACUGCGGAGUGGGUGGUGUUCUUCGUGACUCAGACCCGAGCGCCCGACAUACCUACUCGGUGUCGGUCCCGAUUAGAUAAAUUCCAAAAGAGGAAGCAAUCACUUGAGCGCGAGAGAGGAAACAAAAUUCUCACAUCAGAAGAUAAUGAUUCAAAAAAUAGUACCUGAGCAAUUCAGAUUAUAUUAGCAUAGGCGACGAUAGCUAAUCUCAUUGCUGGUUGUUUUUCAAAGCAAGCUGCUGGAAAGAAAGAAAGCUUCAGAGAGAUAUUAUGAAAAAGGAUCCAAGUGCAACCAAGCAGCUGGAGGAGGCGUUCGUCUAUGGCCUGCAUGAGCAAUUAAGCAAUGCAAAUCCCGGCAAGAAUCUUAUCUACUCGCCACUGUCCAUUCAAGUGUGUGCGGCAAUGGUGCGUAUAGGUGCUGGGGAGGGCACGGCCACAGCCCGGGAAUUGGACGAGGGACUGCGGUUUAGCAACAGCAACGCGGACAAGAUAGCCGAUGGGUUCGAGGCUGUUCUCUCCGCCAUUCGUAAAUGCAAGGCCCUGAAGAUGGCCAACAGGUUGUUUAUCAUGAAGGGGUGCAAACCCAAUCAGAGGUUUGCCAGCAUUCUGGAGAAGAAGUUCCACUCCAAGCCGAUGGGCAUCGAUUUUGGGAGCAGCUCAGCUGCGGAGACCAUCAACAGUUGGGUGGAGAAGGAGACCGAAAAGCUCAUAAAGAACAUUGUCAGCCCAGGAGCCCUGAACGACAGCACUCGCCUGGUUCUUGUCAAUGCCAUCUACUUUAAGGGCGUGUGGUCCAUAAGGUUCGAUGAGGAGGACACACGCGAGGAGGACUUCUUUCCGGAGCAGGGCAAUCCGUUCAAGGUGUCUAUGAUGAAUGUUGUGCAUUCGUUUCAGUAUGCGGAACUGCCCCAACUGGGGGCCACAGCCCUUAAAAUGUUAUACACAGACUGCGAUCUAUCCAUGAUUGUCAUUUUGCCCAAUGAAAAUACGGGUCUGAAGAAUCUGGAGCAAAAGCUGCCGACCACCUCCUUAAGAGCUAUCACAUCCGACAUGUCCCUCACGAAAGUUGAUGUCAAAAUCCCAAAGUUUAGAGUCGAAUUCGAGCAGGAGUUGUCUUCAGCUUUUAAGAAGAUGGGCAUGAAACGUAUAUUCAGUGACGAGGCCGAGCUGGACCAGACGUUGGAGUCCCAAGAGGCCAUCAAGGUCUCCCAGUUAUUACACAAGGCCUUCAUAGAUGUCAACGAGGUGGGCACGGAGGCAGCCGCAGCAACGGCUGCUGUCAUGUCUAUGCGAAGCCUGCCCGCAACCCCAGUGGAUCGACCAAAGCUCUUCCACGCCAACAGACCCUUCUACUAUACGAUCUGUGAUCGCAAUCAGGGCAUCCUCUUUGUGGGACGCUUCACAGCUGGAGGGCUAACCUGAAGUAUUAUUCUUGUUCCAGCCAUAAUAUUUUCGAAACCGUGAAAACAAAAUCAUUGGGUUUUUUUCUCUUAUCAGCAUUCUAGGAAUGUUUAAGCGGAGCUCGCUG